UCAAACACCAUGGUGAAAGCCGGGGAUAAGAGCGGCGGGGGGAAGAAAGGCCUGAAACGAAAAACUGCUUCCGAAGAACUGCAAGAGACAGUCUCUGGUGAUGGAACGGCGGAAGGUGGGGUCCAACCCCCGAAAUCGGCUGCCUUUCCCCCGGGCUUCAGUAUUUCGGAGAUUAAGAACAAGCAGCGACGACAUUUAAUGUUCACGCGGUGGAAGCAGCAGCAGCGGAAGGAAAAAUUGGCAGCUAAGAAAAAACUUAAGAAAGAAAGAGAGGCUCUUGGUGAUAAGGCACCACCAAAACCUGUACCCAAGACCAUAGACAACCAGAGAGUAUAUGAUGAAACCACAGUAGACCCUAAUGAUGAAGAGGUUGCUUAUGAUGAAGCAACAGAUGAAUUUGCUUCUUACUUCAAUAGACAAACUUCCCCCAAGAUUCUCAUCACAACAUCAGACAGACCUCAUGGGAGAACAGUACGACUGUGUGAACAGCUCUCCACAGUUAUACCAAAUUCACAUGUUUAUUACAGAAGAGGACUGGCUCUGAAAAAAAUUAUUCCUCAGUGCAUCUCCAGAGAUUUCACAGAUCUGAUUGUUAUUAAUGAAGAUCGCAAAACACCAAAUGGACUUAUUUUGAGUCACUUGCCACGUGGUCCAACUGCUCAUUUUAAAAUGAGCAGUGUUCGUCUGCGUAAAGAAAUUAAGAGAAAAGGCAAAGAACCUACAGAACACAUUCCUGAAGUAAUUCUGAAUAAUUUUACAACACGGCUAGGUCAUUCGGUUGGGCGCAUGUUUGCGUCUCUCUUUCCCCAUGACCCUCAGUUUAUCGGAAGGCAAGUUGCUACAUUCCACAAUCAACGGGAUUAUAUUUUCUUCAGAUUUCACAGAUACAUAUUCAAAAGUGAAAAGAAAGUGGGAAUUCAGGAGCUUGGACCACGGUUUACCUUAAAAUUAAGAUCACUUCAGAAAGGAACCUUUGAUUCUAAAUACGGAGAAUAUGAAUGGGUUCACAAGCCCCGGGAAAUGGAUACAAGUAGAAGAAAAUUCCAUUUAUAGAAGUACUGGAAGAAAAGUAUUGGAUUUUGCUUAAGCAGAUCUAUCUUAAACUUGGUAAAAAUUUCUGACAGAAGAUCCUUUAAAUGUCAUUUAUUGAUUUCAUAAACUUUCAUAUGUGGAAGAAUUACAGAGUGUCAUAAACUGCCAGUAUGUUUAUGUAGCAAAUAUGAAUAAAAGU